AUGGAGCAGAUGGACUGUAAACCUUACCAGCCCCUAUCCAAAGUUAAGCAUGAAAUGGAUCUAGCUUACACGAGUUCUUCAGACGAGAGUGAAGAUGGGAGAAAGGCAAGACAGUCGUACGAGUCUAGAGAAACCCUGAAUGAAUUCGGACAAGAACUCAGACUCAGUUACAACAGCCAUAGCAGGAAAGGAAAAGCAGUUGAUGAACCCACUCAAGAGCUGGAGUUCUGUGACUCUCCCCAUCUGUUGUGUGCUGGCUACCAGGGGGACCUGCAUGCCGUUUCUCAGCAUGGCUAUCCAAUCGAGAUGGGCUCCGAUAUGGAUACCGAGACAGAAGGAGGUGCCUCGCCAGAUCAGGCUUUGAGAAUGUGGAUGUCAGGCAUGAAAUCCGAACACAGCUCCUGUUUAUCAAGCCGUGCAAACUCAGCCUUGUCCCUCACUGAUACCGACCACGAAAGGAAGUCUGAUGGAGAGAAUG